AUGGGUGGAGGCGGCGAGCUCAAGGGCCAUGGCUCUUACCCUGUCUUGGCCGAGCGGCCCGUCGGCGUGCCUAAGACGAGCAUCCUGAAAGGCCGUAUCGAACCGUUCUAUAAGCCAGGACAAUAUGAGAAGGUCAAUCUAUUGGCGAACAUGUACAAUGCCACAUUCUCAGGCAAGCCCCACGUUCAGCUAUGGGUCUGGGAUGCCCCAGAAACCACCCGCCCGACCUUCGAGGAGGCCACUUCCCACGAGUUCAGAGAAACCCACGUCGGCACCUCUUUCGGUCCCUCGUGGUCUACUCACUGGUUCAAGGUGGUCCUGCGCAUCCCCAGUGACCUUGAUGAUGAGGAGCGCAUCGAGCUCCACUGGGAUGCCCACAAUGAAGGUACCAUCUGGACCCAUGACGGCAUCCCCAUCCAGGGCCUCACCGGUAGCGGCGAGCGCAUCGAGUGGAUUAUCCCCCAGUCCUUCCGCGAUGGCAAGGAGCACACGAUUUAUGUUGAAAUGGCAUGCAAUGGCAUGUUCGGAAAUGCGCCCGACGGUAAGACUAGUAUUGCGCCGCCAGACCCUAACAGGCACUUCACCCUCUCCAAGGCCGACAUCGUUGCCGUCAACCUCCCGGCUCGCAUGCUUCUCUUCGAUAUGUGGGAGAUUGGCGAUGCUGCACGAGAGCUUCCAGAGAACUCGGCUGAGCAGAACCACGCCCUCUCCGUUGCCAUGAAGAUCAUCAAUACCUUCCAGGUAAACGACCAAGAGUCCAUCAUCAAGUGUCGCAAGCUUGCCCAAGAGAUCUUGGGUCCUGAUGUGGAUUCCCACCGCGUUUACGAAGUGGGAAAGGACCCCGUUGUGUUCGGCAUUGGCCACUGCCACAUCGACAGCUGUUGGCUGUGGCCCUGGGCUGAGACGAAGCGCAAGGUCGUCCGGUCCUGGACCAACCAGUGCGAUCUCAUGGAGCGCUACCCCGAGGCCAACUUUGCCUGCUCCCAAGCUCAGCAAUACAAGUGGUUGAAACAAAACUACCCCGCCGCCUACGAGCGAGUCAAGUCCAAGGUCAACGAGGGCCAGUUCCAUCCAAUCGGUGGUAGCUGGGUCGAGCACGACACCAACAUGCCCAGCGGCGAGUCUCUUGUUCGUCAAUUCUUCUAUGGCCAGAGGUUCUUUGAGAACGAGUUUGGCUCUCGUUGCCGUACUUUCUGGCUACCUGAUACAUUUGGAUACUCGAGCCAACUUCCUCAGCUCUGUCGACUGGCUGGCAUGGAUCGUUUCAUGACCCAAAAGCUGAGCUGGAACAACAUCAACAACUUCCCCCACACCACUUUCAUGUGGGUCAGCCCUGAUGGCAGCCAGGUCAUCUGCCAUAUGCCCCCGUCGGAGACCUACACCGCCGAGGCCAAUUUUGGCGAUCUUAGAAGGAGCAUCUCGCAACACAAGACUAUGCGGGUGGAUAGCUCGUCUCUUCUUGUCUUUGGCAAGGGCGACGGUGGAGGCGGUCCUACUUGGCAACACUUUGAGAAGCUUCGGCGAUGUGCUGGAAUCAGCAACACCAUCGGUGGCAUCCCCAAAUUGAAGCUUGGUCUCUCAGUUGAUGACUUCUUUGACCGACUCAGUCCCAAGAUCGGCGAGUUCCCAACGUGGUACGGCGAGUUGUACUUUGAGCUCCACCGAGGUACCUACACAACCCAGGCCAACAACAAGUACUACAACCGAAAGGCCGAAGUCAUGUUGAGGGAUAUCGAGCAGCUGGCUACGAUUGCCUCGAUUAAGAAACCGUCGUAUAAAUACCCAACCAGAGAUAUUGACGACAUGUGGGAAUCCGUGCUUCUUUGCCAGUUUCACGACUGUCUUCCUGGAAGCAGCAUUGGCAUGUGCUAUGAUGAUUCAAACGAGGUUUAUGCCAAGGUAUUUAAGACUGGAGAGAAGUUGCUCAAGGAACUUUACAGUGUGUUUGGUGUAUCAGAUGCUCGCUCUGAUUGCCUUCACGAGUCUGCGGUCGUCAAUACCCUCCCCUGGCACCGAAAGGAGCUCGUCGAGAUCUCUGAGACGGAGGUGGGCGUUGCUUGCGGUGAUGGGCAGGUGAUUGCUCUUCGCUCCUUUAAGGUACAAGAAGAGAAGCCUGCCGUCUCGGUUCUGGAGGAGUCGCGGAAUGUUUUCGUUCUGCAAAACGAUCAGCUCCGCGUCGUCGUCGAAGGUGGAUGUAUCACCUCUCUCCGUGAUUUGGUCAACGAUCGUGAGAUCGUCGACAAGGGCGGAAAUGCCAACAAGUUUGUCAUUUUCGAUGAUAUUCCUCUCUACUGGCAGGCCUGGGACGUGGAGGUCUAUCACCUAGACACCCGCAGACCACUGGAGUAUGGCCAGACGAGCAUCUUCGAGCAAAAGGCCCAUCGUGUCACUCUGGUGACGGACAUCAAGAUCAGCGAGAACAGCUCGGUAAAAUCCUACAUCAGCUUGUCUGCAGCGCUCAAGGGUCAGCCUUCGCAGGUCGACUGUUCUGCCGAGGUAGACUGGCACGAAGACUCCAAGUUCCUCAAGGUCGAGUUCCCCGUCGACAUCGUCAGCACGGAGGCUUCAUACGAGACGGCAUACGCCAUCACCAAGCGACCCACUCACUACAAUACCAGCUGGGACAUGGCCAAGUUUGAGGUGUGCUGCCAUCGAUUUGCUGAUCUCUCGGAACACAACUACGGAGUUUCCAUCCUCAACGACAGCAAGUACGGGUUUGCAACUGCUGGCAAGGUGAUGCGUUUGUCUCUUCUUCGAUCUCCCAAGGCCCCCGAUGCGAAUGCAGAUAUGGGGCGCCACUCCAUUCGUUGGGCCAUCCUCCCACACAAGGGAAGCCUGUCGUCAGAAACAGUGAGAGCGGCCUACGUCUUGAACAACCCCCUUAAGCUGCUUUCGGGAUCCAAGACAACCAUCGCGAGUCUUGCCCAAUCGCCUAUCAAGCUUGUUAACACGGACGAGUCUCGGUCUCUGAUCCUGGAUACGAUCAAGCGCGGCCACGAUGAUGAGGAGAUCAGCCGGGAUCAGAACCUGCAUGUUAAUAAGGGACAGAGUAUCAUUUGUCGAGUGUACGAGUCCCUGGGCGGCCACAGCAGGGGCACGAUUGAGACGACAUUUGAUGUCAAGCGAGUCACCAAGACCAAUAUCCUUGAGGACGAACUCGAAGAGCUCAAGUAUAAGGAUGGCAAAUUUUCAAUCAAGCUUCGGCCGUACGAGGUGGCAACAUUCAAGCUCCAGCUUUAG